AUGAAGGUCGCUGCAGCCUGGUCCAGCACGCAUACGCCAUUCUCCCUUUCUUUCCAGGGCGACCUGCUCAAGCCCAGCAUGGUCAACACCCCAGUCUUCAGAGUCGUGGCACUGGCCGCCUCCGUGCUUGCAGGCGCCAAGUCUGGGUCGGUGCUGGGCCCUCGUGGCCUGGCCUUCCUCCACCUCAGCACGUAUGCUGUAUCGCUUGGCACCCUGACGUGGGUCACCUUCAUCGCAGGCAAGGCGGGGAAUGGGCAGGGCAUCGUCAUGUUCAAGAACCUGCCUCGACAGACCUUUGGGAAGGUGCAGGCCCGCCUCUUCCCCUUCUACUUUGCCCUCACCACGCUGUGCACGCUGCUCCAGCUGGGCACGCUGUCCGUGCUCAGCGGGGGAGCGCCCCUGCCCCGCACCCCCCUCAUCCAGCUGGCCGUGGGAAUCGCGGCGGGGCUGGCAAACUGGCUGGUGGUGGAGCCACACACCACCGGAAUCAUGUUUGAGAGAUAUGCCCUGGAGAAUGCAGAGGGCCCCCGUGACAAUGACAGGAUCAAGGCUCUGUACAAGACGUUUGGCGCGUGGCAUGGCUUCUCCUCGGUGCUCAACCUUGCAGCGCUGGUGGCCGCAGUCGCGUACGGCUGGACGCUGGCCGGCUGGCUGCACGUGGCCGCGUAG